CCGGCUUUGGCCGAGUGUCACUUUUGGUUCCGCCACCGAUUCCAAACCAAGGCCCCCUACAUUGUUUCGCACACACUCUCGCAUUAAGCGUAUAGUUUUUCCCCGCAUCUUCACCAAUGAUAACUCGCAUGUCUCGAUCUACCAUUACAUCACCCACGACUCUCAAUUUCAUGGGGAUCGGACUCUCGCACGUCGAUGGCAAGCCAUCACCGUCUCCGCCAUAAUGACAUUGGAGACUAUGGUUCCAUUGCUCUAUUGGAGUAUCUGUGCUCAGAUGCUGGAAGGAGAAUCGAGCUCCUCUAUUUAGAUUUCAAUGGAACCGGUCUUGGAGACAUUGGCCUUCGAGCUGUGUCGUCAUAUAUCCGUGGGAACCCCACGCUCGAGGUCCUUCACCUGCAAAAUAACCAAUUUACUGGCAGCCAAGAUGUAAUCGCUGACUUCACAGAGGCGUUAAAUGAGUCCCGAGUCUCAGGCCUGUCGUUGGCGGGGAAUCCUUCAUUAUCAGACAACCUUUCGAAAGCGUUAUUUCCUAACCUCACUACCCCACAUCUUCGAACACUGGACAUAUCUCUCGUUAGUCUUACUUCAGACUCUGCCCCUUUCAUCAUUAAUUACAUUCAAUCACCUCGUUCCCGGCAUCUUCGGGAAUUAAGAUGCAAUGGUAAUCGACUUGGUCCAUCCCUCCGGAAUAUCGUUCGAGCAAUAAGGGAUCAGAAUUUCUCGCUUGAAAGGCUAGAAUUCUUCGCCAAUUCUGGCGCCGGCGUUCCGCUAGCAAACGGUGACGAUCGCCCAUCGGAUGAAGAAGGGGAUGAUCCAGAUUUGUAUCCAUUGACAGCAAUGUGGGCAACUUUGAAACGAUGUCGAGAGAGAAAUACAUUUCUCCGCUCAACAACAGAAACCGAGGCGCUGCGAUUGCUCGUUGUCACGCGAUGUAUGUUGUUCGGGUCCCACAGGACACGAGAACAAGUUCGUACGGUUACUUGGGGUGAUCUUCCCGCAGAGCUUAAGCUUGAGAUACUCUCCUAUAUUGCCCCAAAUCUCUCGCCAUCUCAACGUAUCCAUGUCACAUCAUAUGCAGCCGACGCCACUACACUUCCACCGCUUGAUAGGUUGCCAACCCCUGGCAAAGCACGACCGUCCAAGGAUGCCACACGGUCCUCAUGGCUUCAUAGGAUGGAAUCUGACCAUUUUGAUGUAACGAAUGAUACAUUAGUAAGGUAUAACCAUUAGGAUGCAAUGACUGGGUGUGCUAUGGUUUGUGUCCAAAG